CUUCCAGCAAAAAUAUGAAAUAAUGUGACACCCAGACGUAGUCAUAACCUCUUCAAGUGAAAAAGUUCGUGGAAAUUUUGGGGAAUGAAUUCAAAAUUGUUCUGAAAUGUAGAUAUAGAAUAAGUUAUUGAGAGUGUUUUAUGAUUGAUUAGCGAGAUAUUUCGUAAGCAAAAAUAUCGUGAAAAUGUCCUCGGUGCGGGAGAUAGUGGAGCAUUAUCAGAAGAGCAUUGAGAAGACACGAGAAAAGAAACGACUGCUGCAUUGCAUUGAGAAACUGUACAAGUUACCCAUUACUCUUGAGCACUUGGAAGAAACGGGAAUUGGGAAGACUGUGAAUAAUUUGCGAAAGGAAGAGGGUGAGGUGAAGGUGGCAGCAAGGGCGCUUGUGGCAAAAUGGAAGGCUAUGGUGGCUCAAGCUGAAAUUGAGAGAAAUGCAGCAGCAGAGGAAACACCACGCAGGGAUUCGAGUUCGGAUCAUGAACAGGAGGAGUCACAAGAGGACAAUGACGAUGUCAGUCCACAAGUUGUUAGUUCUCAUGUAGAGAAGGAAAAAUCUGAGGGAAGUAGCAGUAGUAGUAAGAAAGAGCAUCACAGUCGAGACAAGUCUCACAAACGCAGUCAUCAUCACAGGGAGAAGUCACAUUCUGACUCACAUUCACACAAAAGCAAUCACAAGAAGGAGAAAAGGGAUAGGGAUAGGGAGAAGCAUAGAGACAAGAAGGACAGUGAGCAUCGUUCAAAGAAGGAAUUGAGUGAGAGGAGUGAGAGCCAAAGGAAAGUGGAGAAAGAAAGUAGAGAAAAACCCAAGAAAGUCAAGCCACAAAUACCAUCAAAAAGUCAAUCUGAGGAUGGUGAUUCUGAUGGGAGUAUAGAUAAUUCAAAGGGUGCAAGUUUUGCCGAUGUUCUGUCCAUGAUAUCUGAUGUGCCGCAUCGAAAGAGUGGUCAGAAGAGGCAUAAGCCAUCAGAAACUCCAGUUACAUCUACAUCAACAACAUCUUCUAGGGCAGAUGCUGAACUUACGCCCAAAAAGAAGAGGUCUGAAGUUAAAGUGGCUGUUGUGAGACCCCUCGGACCACCAGACAUGCUUAAAAGUCCGGAAAAACUUGUUCCCUUGGAUCCUGAAAUUAUUAAAAGUGAAACACUUGAAAUACCUCAGAUAACAAUGCCACAAAUAACUAACAAUUAUAGGCCAAUGCCACUAAAUCCGGCUGUUAUGGAGUGUGUAUUUCCUUCUGCAAGUGGCAGUGGAUGUAGCAAACAGAAAUCGUCUACAGCAACAUUCCACAUGAUGACUGAUGAGGAGGCUAUGGGCACAAGUAUGCAGUCCAAGAACCUCCGUACUAAGGUAUAUUCGGGCGUAAAGACGGGUGCAUUGAUGCAGGUGCCGACAUUGCAUGAACUCUGCAUAAGGAUUCUGCAGAAGAAUAUCGAUGCAUUGGAAUAUACUGGAGGUGUACCUUUUGAGAUUCUUAAGCCUGUGAUUGAACGAGCAUCUGCACAGCAACUGUUUACAUUUGAACACUACAAUCCCUACUUGAUGGAGGAUACAGAUGGACUCUGGCAGCAACACUGCAAGCGUCGUUUCAAGUCGGAAAAGAGGCGGGAAAUGGAAUCUUGGCGAGAGAUGUACUUGCGCUGCCAAGAUGAACAGGAAGCUAGAUUCAACAGUUUAACCCAAAAUAUCAAACAAUCCCUGACGACGUCUGUGCCAGUGAGAAAGACCCAAUUAGCAUACGUUGAUAGUAUCGUGAAGCCACCGAGGAGUGUGCAGAGGAAACAAAAUCAGUUUGGUACGAGGGGAAAAGUGAGCGCUACGCCGGCUGCAAGGGUUGCAGCACUAAGUGGCAUUAGCCGGAAUAUCGCCAAGGCAGGUGAUAGUCGAUUGAAGGUGGCAACGGUGAAUCGUGAAUACGAUCCGGCUAGUAGUACUUCAGCCGUUAAACCAAAACGAGCACCUCUAAUGCAGAAAUCACUGAUGCUCUUCAAGGGACGUUUAAAGAAGUAAAAGUGAAGCAUCUACAAAUCUACAUCAUUGUUAUAUAUCCUCUUAAAUUAAUUCGCCCCUUAAUUGUUUUAAAUGUUUGUGUAGUGUGUUAUUUUAAAUUGUGAAAAAAAAAUAUUGUGAGUAUGAAACAAAA